GGAAUCUUUCGGACAGAGGCGGAGUCUUCUUCCGAGGACCAUUCGGAAGAAGGCGGAGCCUACCUCGCAUCAGGACCAGUCUGACUGCACCUGCAUCCUUAGCUCAGAGCAUCCCGGGAGGAUAUUAAGAGCAGAGCGCAGCUGACAACCAGGGGCCGGACCGUCGCAGGAGGCGUCCGCUGGAUACCUUCCCCCUUCCCUGACCUAGAGUUCUACAGCUGCAGCCUUAGUACUGUUCGAGGGUUCCCAGAGUUGUCUCACCACUGCAAAAACGUUAGAGCAACAGCCUCUGAUUACGACAUGGCUGAGAUCACCAAUAUCCGACCUAGCUUUGAUGUGUCACCAGUGGUGGCCGGCCUCAUCGGGGCCUCUGUGCUGGUGGUGUGUGUCUCGGUGACCGUCUUUGUCUGGUCAUGCUGCCACCAGCAGGCAGAGAAGAAGCAAAAGAACCCACCAUACAAGUUUAUUCACAUGCUCAAAGGCAUCAGCAUAUACCCAGAGACCCUCAGCAACAAGAAGAAAAUCAUCAAAGUGCGGAGAGACAAAGAUGGUACUGGGAGGGAAGGUGGACGUAGGAACCUAUUGGUGGACGCAGCAGAGGCUGGCCUGCUGAGCCAAGACAAAGGUCCCAGGGGGCCUAGCUCUGGAUCUUGUAUAGACCAAUUACCCAUCAAAAUGGACUAUGGGGAAGAACUAAGGAGCCCUAUUACAAGCCUGACCCCCGGGGAGAGCAAAACCACCUCUCCAUCAUCUCCAGAGGAGGAUGUCAUGCUAGGAUCCCUCACCUUCUCAGUGGACUAUAACUUCCCGAAAAAAGCCCUGGUGGUGACAAUCCAGGAGGCCCAUGGGCUGCCAGUGAUGGAUGACCAGACCCAGGGAUCUGACCCCUACAUCAAAAUGACCAUCCUUCCUGACAAGCGGCAUCGGGUGAAGACCAGAGUGCUGCGGAAGACCCUGGACCCUGUGUUUGACGAGACCUUCACCUUCUAUGGCAUCCCCUACAGCCAGCUGCAGGACCUGGUGCUGCACUUCCUCGUCCUCAGCUUUGACCGCUUCUCUCGGGAUGAUGUCAUCGGCGAGGUCAUGGUGCCGCUGGCAGGGGUGGAUCCCAGCACAGGCAAGGUACAACUGACCAGGGACAUCAUCAAGAGGAACAUCCAGAAGUGCAUCAGCAGGGGGGAGCUCCAGGUGUCUCUGUCAUAUCAGCCUGUGGCACAGAGAAUGACAGUGGUGGUCCUCAAAGCCAGGCACUUGCCGAAGAUGGAUAUCACCGGUCUCUCAGGUAAUCCUUACGUCAAGGUGAACGUCUACUACGGCAGAAAGCGCAUCGCCAAGAAGAAAACCCACGUGAAGAAGUGCACUUUGAACCCCGUCUUCAACGAAUCUUUCAUCUAUGACAUCCCCACUGACCUCCUGCCUGAUAUCAGCAUCGAGUUCCUCGUCAUCGACUUCGAUCGCACUACUAAGAACGAGGUGGUGGGGAGGCUGAUCCUGGGGGCACACAGUGUCACGGCCAGUGGUGCGGAACACUGGAGAGAGGUCUGCGAGAGCCCCCGCAAGCCUGUGGCCAAGUGGCACAGUCUGAGCGAGUACUAAUCCUGUUCUUCUCUCCUCUAACCGCCCCCCUGGGGCCAGGCUGGGGAGGGAUGUGGCGGGGAAAGAGAUGACAGAGAAGUGGACUCAAAACCUCAUUUUAGUUGUAGAGGAAAAUUUCUUACAAAACACACUCCACAAAGAACACCCUACAUGACCACAGCUGCAGAUCAGUUCUUAGCAAUGAUGGCUUUUUCUCCUCUGCAAGGCAUAAGGCAUCAGAAUUUCUUUGUUUGUUUGUUUCUUUCUUUCUUUCUUUUGAGAUGGAGUUUCGCUCUUGUUGCCCAGGCUGCAGUGCAAUGGCACAAUCUUGGCUCACUGAAACCUCCACCUCCUGGGUUCAAGUGAUUCUCCUGCCUCAGCCUCCCAAGUAGCUGGGACUACAGGCACCCGACACCACGCCUGGCUAAUUUUUUGUAUUUUUAGUAGAGAUGGGUUUUCAUCAUAUUGGCCAGGCUAGUCUUGAACUCCAGACCUCAGGUGAUCCACCUGCCUCAGCCUCCCAGAGGACUGGGAUUACAGGUGUGAGCCACCGCACCUGGCCUCUUUUUUUUUUGAUGGGGACAAAAGAGAGGGAAAGACCCCUAUAAAUCUUUAUAUAACAAUGUAACCAUAUACUUGCAUGUCUAAUACAAACUGAAGAAAUUAGCCUAACUGCCAAUAUCAAGUUGCAGAUUUUAAUCCAUAAAAAUUGUGUUUUGUGCCGAAUUGUAUUUGCUGAUUACCUGAAAUUGGCUUUUUUUUUAACUGGGCUUCUCUGGAGAAUUUCUCCCACUCCCCACCUCUGCACUUAUAAAACCUCAUGUUUUCAUCAUUGCCAUCUUUUGUUUUUACCUCUUAUAUCUCUGCUCUUUGACUGAGCUCAAGGUCUAGAGGUCUGUAAUAAGCCAAGAAACAAAGGUGGGGUGAAUGAGGCAAGGUUUGCAGGAGAAAGAGGAAUUGAGAAAUGGGGUAUUUUUGCUAUCAGCCCUUCUGCUAUGAAGUAGUAAAGGGCAGUCUAUAAUUAACUAACAGACCUAACUGAAACACAGAGAAUGCAUCAGGCUUAUGCAUCCGAUACGUCAGAUCUUGGACUCUUAUCAGACUUGACGACUUCUCUAAAAGGAGCUUUGGAGACUUCAAAUUCAGCUGUAGGAUAGCACCAGUGAACACAUCCAGCUGAUCCUAAAGGCUGUUUUCAGGUAAAAGGACAAGGAGAGGAGACAAGUGAGCACUGCUGUUCCCCUUUGCGGCUGUCUGCUGUAGUGACAGCCAUUUCUUGUUUGAUGGGUUGGAAGUCAUCAGAGGUGUGAAGAAUUACACUGGCCUUUGUUUUUCCAGAAAGGCUGACCCUAGAGAUGCUUUAGUGUCUUCUCAAAUAGCUUAGAUGUUAUAAUGAAGUUAGUUUUGCUUCAUAAAACAGGGGCCCUCGGAAAUGAUUCUUCCUCCUUAAAUUUUUAAAUAAAAAUUUAGCUCUUAAAAAAAAAAAACAGUGUGACUGAGUGAAUGAAGAUAAGUUGGAUUCUUACAGAGCAUUCUUUUCUUCAAAACAAGCUGCAUAGUUCUUGGGAUUUAUGUCUUGCCACACGGUAGAGGGACAGGGGAACUACAGGGUGCAAUUCUUCUACUGGGCAAUAGAGGUUGAGAGAGAUUCAGCAUCUUUCUGGGAUUAGAAUUCAAGUCUUCUUCUUUUUUUUUUUUUUUUUUCAAGAUGGGGUUUCACCAUAUUGGUCAGGCGGGUCUCGACCUCCUGACCUCAGGUGAUCCGCCCACCUCAGCCUCCCAAAUUGCUGGGAUUACAGGCGUGAGCCACCGCGCCCGGCAGAAUUCAAGUCCUCUUACUCCUACUGCAGCUGUGUCUCUAAUGUUGAGACUUCAGAUCGCAGAGACUCCAUGGGUAAUUGGUAAACUUGGGGCCGCACACAGUGGCUUAGGCCUGUAAUCCCAGCACUUUGGAAGGCUGAACCCAGGAUCUCAAGACCAGCCUGGGGUACAUGGCAAAAUCCCAUCUCUACCAAAAAUACAAAAAAUUAGCUAGGUGUGGUGGUGCAUGCCUGUGGUCCCAGCUACUCAGGAGGCUGAGGUGGGAGGAUCAUUUGAGCCCAGAGGUAGAGGCUGCAGUGAGCCAUGAUCAUCAUACCACUGCACCCUGGCCUGGGUAACAGAGUGAGACCCUGUCUCAAAAAUUGAUUAAUUAAAAUAAAAUAAAAUAGCUAAACUUGGAUAGGCAGUAGAUAUUUUUGCCCAUCUGAGGAGGAACUCAGUCAAGCGGUUGCUUAACAGCUUGAUCCAGGGCGUGAAAGAUGAGUUGAGAUUGAUGUGUCCACUUUGUAGAAGCAAGAAUAUCACUUUGAAGCCUGCUUCGGCAAAGGGCGUUGGAAAGCUGAUCUCCAUGGAGAUGGGGGUGCCCUUGCUUUCAGUGUUCCCUUGGCUUUUGUGGAUUUAAAACCACUCUGCUCCCUCAAAUCCUUUUGUUUGGUUUCAGCCCGUGUUCUUGACAAUGCAGAGCAAUUCUGAGCAGUCACAAAGCCUACUCUCUGUUCUUGUCCCUGCCAACCCCCAGCCCCCAUAAUCUGACUCACUAUUUCACCAUCGGCUGGGGUCACACUACUAGUCUCUGUCCUAUACCCUAUGAAAUGUAAAUACUGUAUCAUAAGUAGAAGAAAAUAAUUAUUGUUUUCUAAAAAUGCAUUUUGAGAUAGUUUAAUGUAAAUCUGACAGGAGCAUUCUGAAGCCCCAUUAGGAAAACAUUUUAAUGGUUCCUCUUCAUCGCCUUAAUGUCUAAAGAUCAGAAAUCGCUGAGCAAACCUGCUUUUGUUUUCUUCCCAGAAACAAUGCAAAACAACACGUGGAGAUAGUCUGGUCUGCCCUGCUGAGUGUGCCUCUGUAGCUCCUCCUGACAAACGUCUGGGAAAACAGCCUCACCCCACUCCUCUCUCUCCCCAUUUCCUUGUAGCUUUAUUCCUUGCAUUCUUUGGGUCUACUGAGCAGUGGGUGCUGAGAUGACAGGGGAGGAACCAGUAGUUCUGUAGCCUAGGAACUGCCUCAGUGUCUUUGCCAGAAAAAGGCGAAGAGGUGGACAGUACAGGGCUCCUCCCUCCUACCUCAGGCCUGAUCCAUCGUGCCCUUGACUUUGCUGUCCCAAAGUUUCUUAGCUGACUUUGCUUUUCACAUCUGGUCUUUCCAGAGCUAGCUGAUAGAGUGGAGGAGGAAUGCCUCCUCCCGAGAGUCAGCUGAAAGAAAGACAAGAGAGUCACAUCUUAGCUUUGCACAAGGCAUUCGUGGUCAGGAACAGGUUAGGGAAUGGUCACUUCUGAUUUUCCAAGAGUCGCUCCUUUUCUGCAGAUAUCUUGAUUCCUUUGGGAAGACAAGACUUUUUCUUAAUAAUCAAGGUCCCUUAAUGAGUGAUUCCGUCUUUGGGUUCAUCUCGCUGGAGCACAGCCAAGAUGGGCAUGUUUAUGGACAGUGCUCUAGAUGCGAAAACACAACUAGUUUGUGGGACAGGGGCAGCUUGCCCAGGAGAGGGAAUAACACAGGUCCCUUUUCUCAGAAGGCUUGUACUAUGGCCAUGACAGUGACAUUGCCCUCACCAUGAUCCCUCUCCGAAGUGGUUGUCUUUCUUUACCUUGUGUCUUCUCUUGUAAAAAUGAAAUUCAAAAAUAAAAUUAAUGUGUCAAAUUUUGAAAAAAAAAAAAGAAAAAACUGAAAAAGCUAACAUGACUUGUGUGAAAUUGCAUACUGCUGUAAUGCUAACCUACAAUAUGUAAUGCUAUCUUGUAUGUUGAAUUUGUUAAUGCACCACGCAAGUGCAAAAUAAAGACUGAUUCACAUUAAA